GGUGUGUGUGUGUGUUUGUGAGACAGUUUGCAGCAGCUGGUUCAUGGCGGAGCUCGAACUUGUGUCCGGAGGUUUCGUGGUGUCGGAGCAGACAUGUUGUUCAGUCCCGAGGGAGUCAGCGAGUGUCUGAGGGAAUGGGAGGACUUGGAGAAAGACUACCAGCAGCUCCAGGACACCCAUCGUCUUUACAAACAGAAGCUGGAGGAAGUGACCAAGCUGCAGGUCAGCUGUCACGGGGCCAUCUCACGUCAGAAGAAGAAGCUGAAAGAACUCACAGCAUCGCUAGAGGAAUGCAAAAACGAAAGUCCGACUCCCGACCCGAGUCCCGACGAUGUUGAUCCCAUCACUGAAAUCGAAGACUCCAUCAAAGACAGAACAAAGGCUUUCUGUGAGAUGGAAGCGUUCCUGCCGAGGAAGAACGGGCUCUACCUCUCUCUAGUUUUAGGAAACGUCAACGUGACGCUCCUCAACAAACAGUCAAAAUUCGCCUACAAAGACGAAUAUGAGAAGUUUAAACUGGUCCUGGCCGUCAUCCUCUUCCUGUUCUCCUUCACGUGUCGCUUUCUGUUCAGCAACAGAGCCCUCGAUGCCAUGUUCAACUUCCUGCUGGUGUGGUACUACUGCACGCUCACCAUCCGGGAGAGCAUCCUCAUCAACAACGGCUCCAGGAUUAAAGGUUGGUGGGUUUCCCAUCACUAUGUGUCGGCCUUCCUGUCUGGAGUCAUGCUGACGUGGCCUAAAGGUGCCCUCUACCAGAUGUUUAGAAACCAGUUCCUAGGAUACUCUCUUUACCAAAGUUUUGUCCAGUUUCUCCAGUGCUAUUACCAGAGCGGCUCCUUGUACCGACUCCGAGCUCUGGGGGAGAGACACAACAUGGACCUCACAGUCGAGGGCUUCCAGUCGUGGAUGUGGAGAGGUCUGACCUUCCUCCUCCCCUUCCUGUUCUUUUGUCACUUCUGGCAGCUUUACAACAGUAUAACACUGUUCAAGAUGUUCCAGCUCCCAGAGUGCAAAGAGUGGCAGGUGGUUAUGUGCGGCUGCGCCUACAUGGUGCUCUUCAUGGGAAACUUCUUCACCACGCUGGGAGUGGUUUACCAGAAAUACAUGAACAACCAGGACAAGUCUAAGACCUUAUAGAACUGGAAUGAUCCAACACUGAGGCUCUGGUAUUCUCUUUAGAGCUUUCUACCAAUGUACUGUACAUGGUCCGUUUGGAUCAUUUACAGCCACAGCUUCUUAUAUCCAUGUUUUUCGUUUUCUAGUUCUUCUGAUUAUAUAUUUGAAUCUUGACCAUGGAUAUUAUUAUUGGCGUAAUACCAAAGAAAAGAAAACAACUGUCAGGUGUUACCUGGUUAAAGUGUGAGCUUGUUUUUGUAGGUGUUGGGGUGUUUUGGUCAGAGUUGUACAACUUGGACAAAUAAGUGUUACUGAUAAAGUAUAAGAUCCCUGAUAAUACUGAGUUUUGUGGGCGGAUGUCAAUUUAAGUUUAUUAGGGACUAAAACCUUUCAUAUAACGAUAUAUCUGCCAGUUAUAGAUAUUUUUUGAAUUGUUGUUAUCAAACAACAAAUGUAAUUGAAGCUUGAUAUUUUCAAGUUUAACCUCAAACUUUAUCAUUAAUAACUGUAUAUAAAAAAAACACACACAUACAACCAAAUAUAUAGGACCUGAUUUUUUUACAUAAUUUGUAAAAACACAGAAUCACAUAUUUUCUUACACUGUUGACUCAAAGUUUACAUACUGGCAACAAACUAAUACUGAUCUGGGAAAAACUCAUAUCAGCUCUUUUUUUAAAUUUUUUUUUAUUGCUCAACCAAUAAAUCAGAUGGGCUCUAAAGCAAUAACUAAUAUCUGCAUUAUAUUUAUUUUUGGGAAAUCCCCAGUUUGUGUUUCAGCAGCUGCUUUAGUAAAACACUGCUUAGAAUCUGCCCAUGUUCUUGUUUUAUCUCUUACAGCAGGAAGGUUCAUGUUGCAUCACAGAUCGUCCUCCACUUCUGUUACUGUAACGUUCAUGUGUUGUUGUGGUUGUUUACAUCAUAAACACUAGUGUGUACAAUCAAAGAAUAAACCUUGAUCAAAACAAA